GUAAAAGUACGAUUGAAAGUCCUCUGCUCAUCAAGGAGAUACAAAGCGGCUGCUUGUGGCGGCACAACAGGGUCUCCCAGCAUCAUGGAGAGGCAGCUGAGGUUUAGCUUUGCCCACGCAGGGGAUGGGGACGCACAACGCACCCUUAAAGCACCGAGCCGCCCCGCCCGGCAGCGCCCGCCGCCACCCCCGCGCGGUCAUGUGGGCGCCGCGCAUGAUCGGCGCUCCCAGCCGAGCCGGGAAGUGCCUGCCGAGCCGACGGGGAAGUGAAGCGGAGUGAGAGGAGGAUGGCGGAUAAGGGCCGGGCGCUGCUGCCGCCCGCCGUGCUGAUGGUCCUGGUGCUGCUCGUCGUGGCGCCGGACCCGUAUGGAGAAGACUGCAGAAGUAAAAUGUACCCUCCUUCAGGACCGACGUUUAAAGGGAAUGUACCCACAUACAUCAUAAAUCUUGAUUUGCCUCCCAGCAAGAGAUGGGAUGAGUUGAUACGUGCCAAAAAGACAGAGUUGAAGGCUGUAAUCCAGAACAUUAAGGAUAUAGCAAACACCUUCUUCCCUAGUGGCAAAAUCGUUGACAUAGUGGAUCACAAAAUAUCUCAUCUGACGGAUACACUUCCUUAUCCUUUCAAUGAAGAGCUCCAAGGGAUUGCAAAUUCAUCUGGAAUUCCUUUGGGGGAGAUUGUUAUUUUUAACAUCUUCUAUGAAAUUUUUACUGUGUGUACAUCCAUAGUGGCAGAAGAUAGCACAGGAAAGCUGUAUCAUGCCAGAAACUUGGAUUUUGGACUCUUUCUUGGGUGGGAUGUUAAAAAUAAUUCCUGGACUGUAACUCGGGAACUGAAGCCUACAGUGGUAAACCUGGUCUUCCAGAGAAACAACAAAACAGUGUUUAGGUCUACCAAUUUUGCAGGAUACAUAGGCAUGGUGUCAGGUGUCAAACCAGAUUUGUUCACUCUGACAAUGAAUGAGCGUUUCAGUCUUGAUGGUGGUUACAUUGGUAUCUUUGAAUGGUUUCUUGGAAGAAGAGAUGGUAUGUGGAUGGGCUUUCUUACAAGAUCAGUACUAGAGAAUGCUACAAGUUACCAGGAUGCAAAAGAGAAACUGGCAAAAACAAGACUGCUGGCUCCAGCUUACUUCAUACUCGGGGGAAAAAAUUCUGGAGAAGGUUGUGUGAUAACUCGCUCCAGGACAGCUGCUUUGGAUAUAUGGGACCUCGAUAUAAAGAAAGGCACAUGGUAUGUGAUAGAAACAAACUACGAUCGCUGGAAGCCUCCACUUGUCUUGGAUAAUCGUAGAACGCCUGCAAUGAAGUGCUUGAACCAGACAUCACAGGAGCACAUCUCCUUACCAACUAUUUAUGAUGUUCUCUCUACGAAGCCUGUCCUCAAUAAGCUGACAGUGUGCACAACGCUGAUGGAGGUGGAUAAGGGUCAUACAGAGACCUACCUGCGUGAAUGCCCAGAUCCCUGCAGUCCUUGGUAGUCCUGUACCCUUCCUAUGUUGGAAAGCGCUUGUCUGAAUUGGAGGCUCUCCGAGGAAGAACACUUCUGGAAAAAGACUCCUCAGCCUCACUCCUCUCUUCAGAAAUGUAACAGUUAUAUAGUCAAUGGGCUUCUAACAGCGGGGGGUACCCUGUCUUGCACUGGAUUUUCUUGCUUUCUGCUCAGAAGCUCUGCAGGCAAGAAAUGUAUAUUAAUGUGUAUCUGGUUUGAUUUCAGCUAUUUCUACAACGUGAGUUCAGCAUUUAGCUCUGGAUCUCUUCAGUGUUGACAGUAGUCUUAUCUUGGUUUGGGGUUUGUUUUGUUUUCGUUCACGUGUUGUUGUUUCUUUUUUCUUUAAAGCACAAAUGAGUUAAAAAUGACACCUACCAAGCACAAGAAUUGUAUAUUAGAAGAUUAUCUGUGAUAACAUAGUUAUGUUGUUCUUUCCUACUCGCUUAGGAUGAAUAGCUCUUGUUCUGGUCUCCAGUAUGAAGAUAUGUCUCAGAUGCCCUAUGAAAAAAUAACCUACCAGGAAUACAUAUCUAGUCACAGAAACAAGCUCUUGUGGAAGUAUCUUAAAAGUAGAUCUGAGUCUUGAGUGUCUGAUCACUGGUUUGUGGAUCUUUAGCUGAAAUUCUUUCUUGGCCUGUUAACAGAUACAUUUUUUUUUUUAAUACAGAUUUUUCUGUUGUUAAAACAAACAAACAAACAAAGACUAAUACAAUAAAUACUCUGAAGAACU